UAAAAUUUUAGGAUGUUGAACGCCUUGUUUUGAAUAGAAGGUUCUUAAUGUCUUCAAAUCAGUUCGUAUACUUCCUUAUUUUGUAUUCAUUUUGUACGUGUACGGUGUCCAAAUUUAGGUUUAUUUUCACAGAGAAUUAAAGUUGUGUUUGGAAAUUUCAACCACUAUUACUUCUGGGAUUACUUUACACGUUAUGGACGUCAAAAGAAUUAAAACAGUUCCUCUUCUCCAAUAUGGUCACGUGACGGUUAUAAGGCCUAUUAGCUUUUUGUUGAAGCCAGCUGUUAUUUUAACCCUUUUUCUCUAUAAAUCUACAAACACUUCACUUCCCUGCAUUCCGCAGAAUAGCGGUUCUCUGGAGUACAAUUGCAGCCUUCCAUGUCCCUGCCUAAACUUGACAGAAUGUGUACGUCCUCUUGUCUGUCCAAGUGGGUGCAGAGAAGGACUUUCCGGGGCGAAAGUGCCCGCGGGGUGUUCUGAGGUCAGACUGGAACGCGGGGAAUCACGACCUCAUCCGUUUCCGAGACGUUCUCUGGUCGACAGUGUGACGUACAGAUUUUCCUCCAUGGAGAGCUGCGUCAUGGUGCCCGCAGAACAGGCGUGGAGGAAGCGCUGGGAGGUCACCACCAACGUCACGAUCGCCGUCGAGCACAUUGCGAUCGUGUUGGGUGUGAAUCCCUCUGUGGAGGAAGCCUUUUACGUGACAUUCAUUUCACUACUUCACGGAAACGCUUCUUCAUUUCAAGUCCCCUUAGACUCUACCCUCGUCAACUCCUCGGUUACACUGAGCCAGAAGCUCAAGAGACUGACCAUCGCCGACUUUCUUCUCAUCGAGAGCGUUAUCUCUAAGAACAAUACAGUGUGCCUAAGCGACGAGGCGGCCGAGGUGACGGUGAAAGGCCAGCCUGUGUGCGCAUACGGGACAUGGGGUGCCAUGUGCGACCAGACAUGCAGAUGCCCAUGCGACGCGGUAGAGUGCCACCCGUCCAACGGAAAUUGUUGGGAGAGGGGGUACGCCUGCAGCCAUGGGCAGUAUGGCCCGUCUUGUUCCGAAACCUGCUCAGCGAUGUGUGGAGGGAGCCCGAGGGAGUGUCACCUGUCCACAGGCGUCUGCAAAAAAUGCGAAGACGGUGUGAGCUACGGCGCACGGUGCGAGAUCCGGAUGACCCCGGAAGAGAUAGAAUCCAAGGAUAUUAGAUGUAAGGAGCUCCAAGACAAGCAGUGGAUGCAACAACCAGAGGUGAAACGGGAACCCGAAAGGUCAAAGAUGGACAGUUAUGUCAAGUCCGGAAACUCUGUCCCGCUCAUCAUCGCCUCAGUCAUCGUGACAACGGCCUUCCUCGUCGCCUGUGUCGCUUACGUCAUGCUGAUUCGUCACUGCGCGAGCCAGAAGUUGAGGAAGUAUCAGCUGGCUGUGGACGAGAGAGACCGAAAACUCAGCAUGGUGUCCUAUACGGAGCUUCGAAAAGAGUACGCGGAACGCUUCAUGGCCAGUUCUAGUCCCCGCGUGGACUCUCGCAAUGCACGAGCUUCUCCAGAAAAUCUUGCACAAAAGACAUCCGUCAUAUUCGCGUGGUCCAGUCCCCUGCUCGCUGUCAUUAAGGACGUCCCGGAGAACAAGGGCACCCAACCAGGGCUUGCCAGUAUGCUUUAGAAGUGACUAUUGUUCACCAUCUGCUGAAUUAUGAAUUUAGUUUUCAAAAUGCGUCAUUCGAUUAAAAUAGGGGUUAUCAAAUAGACACUGGCAGAACUUUGUCAUGCAAAAUGUCUGCUUUUAAAUAAUUUGUUUUGCUUAAGUGCUUCAGUUUGGAAGCGAUGGGUUCGGGUUGAAAUCUUAUUGGAGAUUAAAAAAAAAAUGUACGUUCAAAAUUCAUUCGUCAACGUUGAAAACUUUCGAACGAAGAAGGAAUUCAUUGGGAAUACAUCUUUGUGGGGGGUCUCCAGAGAACUGACUAAAUCGUUGGAAACAAGAGAAGACCUCACCACUUUCUUUACGCUGGACUGUCGUUCGGACAUGGCGAUGGUCCCGAGUUCAUACCCUGCUCGCUGCCAUCCCACGUCGUCCUGAGAGAGAGGGUUUGGACUAGGACGUAAAUUAUCUUCAGCUCUGAAGGGACAUCCGAAACAUUUUGCGAACAAGGUCUAUUAAAUCCUGUUAGGGAAAGUGUUUCUGUACUCUUGUGAUGAUGGACCGAACCCAAGAAAUAGCUCGACCAGUUAUGAAUAGACCUGCAUUAGGUCACAUACUAAAUAAAUGAAUUCCUUUAUAACAGUGAUACAAACAUCUUCUAGGUUUUUAUUAGAUGCAGGUCAUUGGAACUAGGUCAUUAGAUGUAGGUCACUGAAACUAGGUUGUAAUAAUUAGGUCAUUAGACCUGGGUCAUGGCCAAAAACUAUGUCAGGAUUUCAUUUGUAUAAUUUUGUUUCUACUAAAGUUUGGUCCUGAUGAAGAGAAAUAUAAAUUGUCACAUUUAAUGUGUUCUACCAUUCAACACAAAGUUUACAUUUACAUAUUCAAAUUACUUGUGUCUCUCACACGUGAUAUAUGUCCAUAUGUUGUCUGGUAUUUCAAUAUGUCUGGUAUACAAUUGGAUAUUGACACAUAUAGUGCUUAAGUAUUGUUGGGCCAUAACAUUGUAAUUACAUUGUUUUUCUCUCAUGCCUCAUAAUCUUAUAGUUUUAUCCGUUUUUUGUAUCCAUAUUUUAAACCCAUUAGUUUUGUAUGGAAUGUCUGUCCGUCCGUCCCGUUUAGAUCUCGUAAACUAGAAAAGAUAGUGAAAAUCUGACACCAUAAUAUUUUAGACCAUUCAAAGUUAUGAUUCUACGGCAACAUUUUUCUUUUCUGAAAGCGAAAAAUCUAAUUUUUAAAAUCACUUAGGCAAAUGGAUUUAGAUUUUUUGUCUAAAAAUUUUUUUUAUUACAUUUGUAUUGCUAAGUUAUGUAAGUUCUGUCACAUUAAUUACUACAUUUACACACACAAAAAAAGUUUUGUUUUUUUUUAAAGAGAAAAAAUCUAUUUAGUAUACAUAUAAGCUGGAUAUAAUUUAAAACAACAAUUAAUAAGUAGUUUUUCAUAUUAUCAUGUGAAAUGCAGUGAUAAUGGAAAAUGUAUCAGAUAGGCCAGGUUCACAUCUGACUUCACAUUCACUUUCACCCAUCCUUUGGUCUGCUGGACCGCUGGGGCACCACACAAGAUCUGUCAACCUUCUUUCUUCAUUCUUCUCUGUUAGAAUUUCAUUCUGAUGUUCUUUCUGAAAAUAUUGAAACCUGCCUUUUUAGCUGCAUGGGUGGACCACGUCGGGGGCCGAUUUUGAGUUUGUGUUUCCACACAAACUGUGUUUGUAGCCUUGUGUUAUUUUUAGAUCUCAACGAAGUGGUCGUCUCCUUUCCAUUAGGACUAAAACAGAAAGAUUUAAAAACUCCUUUAUCCCACUUUCGGUCAGAGUGUUACUAGAUUAUCUGUCGUCAUCGAGAAGUACAUGGAAGUCAAAUUCAUAAAGCGCUGGCUAUGAAUGUGUAUGUAAUUCGUGUGUGAAUGUUUGAAUUUUUCAUCUAUAUUGUUAUUGUACAGUAGUUACGCUGAGAUUGUCAAUUGUAGUCAAACUGUAUUUCCAUUUCAUUGGAUCAAUAAAAUUAUCUUAUCUAUCUUAUCUUAUAA